AUGAAAAACUAGCGUAGCUCUACUCUUUCCAGUCCUUACGAUUCUUAUAUGUAUUCAUAGGAUUCUAUAGAAAUGAAUUCUGCUUAAAUUAAUAACUAUAAAUUAGAUGACUCUCCAUUUUAAAAGUUAAGAGGAUUUUCUUAAAAUCCAUAAAAUAGAAAUAAUAUAGAUCCAAAUAGUAUUCUAAAUACUUCCCCAUUUGCAGAGGGUAAUAGUUUAGUUGGCAUCCCAAUCACGUAUUUAAAUCUUUCUAACAACUCUUCUUAAGCAAACAACAUCUAAGGUGACAAUAAAAAGUAGUUAUAGGAGGCUUAGCAAAAAUUUAUAUAAGGUCAGUUCGCAUAAUCGCAAAUAUUGUUGCCAAAAUCAAAAUAAGUCUUAAAAGACUAUAAAAGCAUAAACAGAAACGAUUAGUAUUCUAAUAUCAAUAAAAUUGAAGAUUCAGGCUCACCCACUGAUAAAAAUAGUGGUUUUGAUACAGGCACGUUUGGUGGGUCAGCUAGAGAGGAUACUUUUAACUUGCAAAUAAGUCACAGAGCAAAUAGCUAAGAUGUUUCUAAGAGUCACAAUAAUUAAUCUUAUGAAUCUCCUUAUUCUAAAAAUAUUUCUACAGAAUAUAAGACAAAUUAGUCUUUUAUAAAUGAAAAUCAGGUAAGCAUAGAUAAAUCAAAGCUGAGCAGCACACAUUUAAGCUAUUUUUCUCCUAGUCCUUUAAAGUAACCCAAGUAAUCAAUGUUGUUUAAUGAACAGGAUAAAUAGCAGCAGCAUUCUAUAGAUUAUAAAUUAUCUUCUCCAUACAAAGAUAAAAUUUACUCUAAAUAGACAGAGAAAUAUCAAGUCAACUAGGACUUACAAAGUAAAGAUUAUUCAAAUGUUAGCAAACAGAUUAACUUAGUUUAAAAUGAAAACAUAAUAAUUCCAAAAGUCCAAUCCUCUUAACCUGCUAAAUAAAAUCAAUCUAUCAACUAUGCUUUGAAUAACACAAGCUAAAUUAGUGAAUAAAAUAACUCUUUUGCCAUUUAAAAUAAUAGCAUAGCUAAUUUAUUAAAUUAAAAUACUUAAAAAAACAAUCUAAACAGUUAAAGUAAAUAUUAAAUUAAUAAAUAAAAAUAUAUAGGAGACAAUUAUAAUUAAUAUAAUAAUUAAAACCCAACAACCAAUAAUAUUUUAUAGAAAUAAAAUUAGUUCAAGGAAGUAAAGUAAUAGUAAAAUAUUUAAGAUAGCAACUUUGAUUAAAAAGCUUCAUAAAUAAGCAAUUAAAUAGAUUAAAAUUAGAGCCAAUAAAAUUUGAGUCAAUUAGUUUUUAAAAAACAAUUCACAUUUUAAAAAUAGUAAACUCUAGAUAGUAAUGAGUCUAAGGACUUUAAUCAAUAGAAUUAGAAUGUAAAUCUCAAUCAGUAGCCAUAAAAAAUAUAGGUUUCAUUAUCUAAAUUUUCAAAUAAUAAUUAAGAAUUCAAUCCAACUGCUAUGCUUACAAAUAUAAGUGAGCACUUUACUACAAAUUAGAGUGCUGUCACACCUUAAAAAUAAUAAUAUGAAAUUCCUUAAAAUAGUAUGAAUGAAUUUUAUGAAUAAAUGUUUCAGUAAAAUGAAGAAUAAGGAAAUCAAUAUAAUACAAAUAAGUAGAAAAAUAGCAAUCUUUAAAUUUAUAUUGAUAAUGAAGAAGAGAAAUACGAAGAAAGUAAAAAGCAUACAAGCAAUUAAAGAAUUCAUUCUUAAUCUGAUGACUUUAAACAAAGCUCAGGACUAUUAAUUUUUGACAAGCUUAAUACUAAUCUGAAAGAAUAAGAGAAGUAAAAUCAAGAUAAUUAAUUCGAUAUUCUCAAGCUUUAGAGUGAGAGGGAUAAUUUAAAAGAAUUUAUUAAAAAUUUGGAAACAAGAAAUAAUUUACUCAAUGAAAGAAUUCAAUUACUCGAAGCUAACUUAUCAAGCUUAAACUCUUAGAAUAUGGAAAAUAUAGAAAAGAUUGUUAGCUUGAAUAAAUAGCUAUCAGAAUAGGAUAGUAAUUUCUAAAAGAAGGAAAAAUUAACCAAAAAUGAAUAAAAUUAACAAUAGAAAGACUUAAUUGAAGCAACUUAAAGAUAAAGUGUGCUCUAAUCUGAAAUUUAAAAGCUGAUACAGAGAGAUUUAGAAUAAGAAAAAAAGAUAUUAGAAUUAACUAAUAAGCUAAAUACUUAGCAACAAUUAAGAAAUGAUUACGAAAAGGCAGUUAAAGAGUAAGAGAUCUUGGUAAAAAAUAAUUAAAAUAGCAUUUAAAUUAUAGAAGCAUAAAAAGUAGAAAUUUAAAAGCUUUAAAAUUUAUUAUCUACUAAAGGUUAAUAAGAAUUUCCUUAAAGCAAUUAAUAGCAAGAAAAAUAUGAGGAAGACAAAAAAAAACUAGAAAAUGAAUGCCAAAAAUUGAUGGAGAGAAAUAAAGUUUUAGAGGAGCAUCUGUCAACUAUGAAAAUUUCUUGCUAAAAACUUGAAUAAGCAAUGGCAGCAAACUGUAAUUCAACUAAAGGAUGGCUUGAAAAAUACAAUAAAUUAGAAAAGAGUUACUUAAAUCUGUAGAAUUAAUUUAGAGUUGAGUAAUAAAAACAAAUUAUGGAAAAAAAUUUUGCAUCUAAAAAGGAUCUUAUGUCUAAUAGAAGUUAGUAGUCUUUCAAUAGAUUUAGAUCGGAGCUAUCGGAAUAAGAGAUUAAAAUAUAAUUCUAGAGAAAUUAAGAAUUAAUUAGGUCAGAAGUAUAAAAUGAAAGAGAUGAACUAGAUCACCAAAACUAGUAACUCAUAUAAAAAAUAGCAGAAAUCUAAAACUAGAACAGUUAAUUAGAGUAAUAAGUUUAGAACUUAAUAUAAAAUAACAAAAAGUAAUUUGAAGAAAAUGAAAUUCAAAAAAAAGACUUAAUAUCAAAAUUGAAUAUUAUGAUUAAUGAAAAUAGUAAAUUAAUAGAUGCUUAUAAUGAAAGACCAAUGCUAAUUUAAAAAAUUUAGUAACUCUCAUAGUAAAAUCUAGAACAGUUUAAGCAGUUUGGAGAUAAUUCUACUCCAUUUAUAACUCAAUUUAGCAAUAUAGAAAGUAGUGGAUUAUCUCUAUAGCCUCCUUCUUAGUUUAACUCUCCAUAAGAAGAAAUAAAAUGGUACAGACUAAAAUGCAACUAGCUCGAAGUCAAGCUCAAAGUGAAGAGUGAAGAAUGUGCCGAACUUAUCUAUUAGAACAAAUCCCUUAAAAAGUAAGGUAGAGGAAACAACUUAGAAGAAUUAACAAUUAAAAGUAGUUUAUACUAAACUUUUUAGCAAUCACCGAACUCUAAUUUGAUAAAAUAACCAGGAAAAUUUCAUUCAGAAAUGGUAUUAAAUGCAAAUAAAUAAAAUACCAUUUAAGAAGAGAAAGAUAACAGGGGAUUCUGUGAAAAGUUAUGUUAAAAUAAAAAAGAAAGUAGUAGCAACAACAACAUAAAUAAUAAUGACCAUGACAUAAACUCUGAAACAGGUAGAGAAAGUUUAGCAUGUAAUGUAAAGUGCCUUUGA